AUAAGGUCAAAUUGUAUUUUCAUAAAGAUUAUGCAAUGAUUAUUGAUACGUUUGCUCUCUUGUACGACGAGCAGAACUGACUUCCAUUAAACCGAAUGUUUAGUAUGACUAAAGUGUCUCUACCCUGUAAAUCUAUUGCAUGGCUAUUUGUGAGACAUACAUCUACGGGUCGCCUACAAAGCUUCGCAUGCAGUGAACAUCGUUUUCCCCGGACUAUUUUCCUGUUUCUGCGGACAAUGUCUACGAACACAACAGACAACCAACAUCGGGGAUCAAAGAAACCCAGAGUACCCAAAGAAACAUUGCGACAUGUGAAGUCUAGAGAACAGAGGAAACGUGGAGUGGAUGUGCAUGGACCAGCCACUGUCUACGCGCAGGUCGUCGGGGCAGGGAGCCGAGAUAAUGGCGCAUCACUUUAUGUCUUCUCUGAGUUCAAUAGGUACCUGUUCAACUGUGGUGAGGGAACACAGAGGCUGAUGCAAGAGCACAAGUUAAAAGCUGCUCGCUUGGACAAUAUUUUCCUCACUAGAAUGAGCUGGGAGAAUGUUGGUGGUCUAUCAGGGAUGAUAUUGACACUGAAAGACACUGGUGUCCCUGAGGUUGUUCUCUCUGGACCACCACAACUGGAGAAAUAUGUGAAUGCCAUCAGAGUAUUUUCUGGACCACUGGAAGAAAUCAAGCUAGCUGUUCGACCAUACACUGAGAAACAAUACACAGAUGACACAAUGACAGUUAGUCAAAUACCAAUAUUUGCCCAGCUCAAAGAGGAUGGGCCAAAGUGCUCCUCUAACUCAGGGAGGAGCAGCCCCUCCAGUAGUCCCCAGAGGAGGGAGCUGUGGAGGCCGGAAGACUUUGAGGACACCAGCACAGACAGCAGGAAGGAGAGAGCAACCAGCCCAGGUAAGACUAGGAGCAUGUGGGCUCGGAAGCCCAGGCUGCGCAUACUCUGACUGUUAGAAAGCCUGGGGACGUUCUCAGGAAGAUGAUACAAAGAGGUGAAGUACGGUGGAGUCUAGAUGGAAACUUGUGACGCUUAUCAAACCAAUCAAGUAUUUUGCGAGGAUGGAGCUCCAAACAGCUUGUUUUUCUGAAAAUGUUUCUGACUUGCAAAAAGCUAGGUAGCAUAAGAUACAAAACAGGUUGCUAAAACGUUGUACAAACAGUAGGAGAAGAUAUUGACG